AUGGCCAAGAGGUACAACAAUUACUCAUCUAUGGAGCCAGUGGUCUAUUCAUUAAAGAACGUUUUGUUGCACAAGCCAACCACACAAAGUUCAGCUUACUACAUGAGUGGCAGACACUACGAUGGCUCGCUGGCUGUCGACGGAGAUAGAAGUUCUGACUUUAGUUUGAACCACUGUUUCCACACAGCUGACGAUGAAAUUCUUAAGGAUUUCUGGAUGAUGGUUGACAUGAUCAUACCAUAUAAGAUCGAGUAUGUCGUUCUCUGGACUAGAAGUGGUCCUACUUAUACUCCGCGAAUGGAUUAUUUCAUCAUAGGACUGACAAAUGUCAACUACUUUAAUCUAUCUGUCAACCAGACGAUCAGAGGAAAGUAUCCUCUUUGCGGUCAGUACCCUUACAACUCCCAGGAAAGUUUCGGCCAUCGUGUGAACUGCAGUGCCAACGUGCCGGCCUACAGAUAUGUUAUCGCACAGCAAUCUCCUACAGCUGCACUCGGGUUUUGCAUCUGUGAACUUGAAGCUUUUGUGAUUAAAUAUCCAGAAAACAUUUGGAAACAUAGAGAAGGUAUGAGAUUGAAUGGUUUGUCGUUGCAUACGAUGAAAGGAAGGUCGGCCCAUCAAUGUAUCAUCGCCUGCAUUCAUUUUGCUGGUUGCACCUCUGUAAAUUUCGAUCGGAAUUUGAGAAUGUGUGAUCUCAACAGUGGAACCGUUGAAAAUGUCACCAACAUUGUUGCCGAUCAGUCUUUUGAUUACUGGCAGUACGUGUGA